AUGCACAAUGUUCUGAUGAUGAUUAUGGUGAUGAUUGUUAUUAUUACCUGCCUCAUAGGCAUGUGUUGCUGUGGGCGUCUAAUAGGGCAACAUGUUGGACUGACUCCAAGCAUCUCCAUUAUUCAGAAUGAGAAAAAUGAAAGCAGACUUACUCGCAAUGACAUCCAGUCGGAGAAGUGGUCCAUCAGCAAGCACACACAGCUCAGCCCAACGGAUGCUUUUGGAACCAUUGAGUUCCAAGGAGGAGGCCACUCCAAUAAAGCCAUGGUAACCAUGUUUUUCUCUUAG